AUGACGGACAACGGAGAGGGCUCGUCCCUAAAUCCAGCUCGUUCCAUGCCUAUAGCCUCAUCGGUGCGCUCGAGGUCCCCCGCAGCCGAGUUCGGCAGCAGGCAGGCUUCCAUGGCACGCCUUGCAUCCCCAGUGCCCUCGCCUUCCUUGGGGACAUCCUUGUCAUCUCGACAGGGAAUUCCCGCCGGCCGACCUGUCUCCACUAUCACUGGCACCGAGCAGGAAUUUUCCAAAUCCUUCGCCAAUACUUCUUCCCUUCCCGGCCCUGGCCACUCUAUCAUUGCAUCACAACUCCAAGAAAGCCUUGGUCGCUCCCCGCCAAGGUUCGGGACUCCGUCACGACACAACGGGUCUCCUGCGCUGCAACCGACCCUAGAUAGCCGACCUAUGGCCUCCCAGUAUGGAUCUUUUGAUACCAAAAACGUCGCCGGUUCCCCGGGAAUGCCAUACGAAGACCCGGAGGUAGUCAAGCGGCAUCUAGUCACGGAGCACACAGACAAUCAAUCAGACAUCGCAAACAGCUUUGGAGGCGAAGAUAAUUUCUCGAGUCUACAGCUUCAAGGUGGCGAUAUCACACGACAAGUGUAUCGGUGGGCAGAGGACGCCGAGGCUGAGGCCUCAGGGAAGUUCUUGCGAAGCAAGAGUUUCAGUGUCAGCAGGCCAAGGCCAGAAGCGGACACGGAAGAUAUCGACACAAUUCGUGUUCCAGGAGGGUUCCGCAGAGACUAUCUACGAAGAGCAGCUGGAAGUCCACACCGUGGUAGUGCCGAAGCGUCAACUUCUGGGGCACCCCAUGGACAAAGCGCACGCCAACUGCCGACCACCAGCUUCCUGGAGUUCUUGACCCUCUAUGGUCACUUCGCAGGUGAGGAGUUGGAGGAAGAUGACGAGGUCCUGGGUCCAGAUGAAUACUUCUCGUCUGAUGCUUGGGAUGAGCCAGAGGAAGGCAGAGAGUCGGGAGAAGAUGCAGCGCUGUUGCAGGGUGACACGCCAGGUCGCAAGAAGAGGAAGCACAAGCCGCGUUCGCCAGCAGGGACGACUACUACAACAGGUGCCGUACUCUUGCUGCUCAAGUCUUUCGUGGGUACCGGUAUUCUCUUCCUACCCAGGGCUUUCUUGAACGGCGGUAUGCUCUUCAGUAGCUUGGUGCUAUUGGCAGUUUCGAUUCUGAGCUACUAUGCCUUCAUUCUCUUGGUCAAUACUCGCAUGAAAAUCGAAGGAUCUUUUGGUGACAUCGGUGGCAUUCUAUACGGCAAGCACAUGCGACGCAUCAUUCUUGGAUCAAUUGUACUGAGUCAAUUGGGCUUUGUGUCGGCAUACAUUGUCUUCGUCUCGCAAAAUCUGCAGGCAUUUGUGCUAGCAGUAAGCAAGUGCGUGACGUUCAUUGACAUCAAGUACAUGGUUUUGCUACAGCUGAUCAUUUUCCUGCCUCUCUCUUUGAUUCGCGAUAUCAGCAAGCUUGGCUUCACUGCCCUUAUCGCUGAUGUCUUCAUUCUUCUGGGCUUGCUGUAUAUCUACUACUACGAUGUCAGCACUUUGGUAGACCAGGGCGGCAUUUCAGACGUUAUUCCCUUCAACCCUGCCACCUGGUCCAUGUUCAUCGGUACCGCCAUCUUCACUUACGAGGGCAUCGGCCUCAUCAUCCCGAUUCAAGAAUCAAUGCAAAAGCCCAAUAGAUUCCCUGGUGUUCUGGCAGGUGUCAUGGUUGUGAUUACCUUCAUCUUCCUGUCCGCCGGUGCCUUGAGUUACGCGGCUUACGGAUCAGCAACCAAGACCGUCAUUCUCCUGAACCUCCCUCAGGAUGACAAGUUUGUCAACGUUGUUCAGUUCCUCUAUUCGCUUGCCAUCCUGUUGAGCACUCCGCUGCAGCUCUUCCCUGCUAUCCGCAUCAUGGAAAAUGAACUCUUCACUCGCAGUGGGAAAUAUAACCCAUAUAUCAAAUGGAAGAAGAAUGGCUUCCGCUUCUUCCUGGUCAUGGUAUGUGCCGUUGUCGCCUGGUGCGGUGCGGAUGAUCUAGACAAGUUCGUUUCGCUGGUCGGAAGCUUUGCCUGUGUUCCAUUGAUUUACGUCUAUCCGCCUCUCCUACACUUGCGCGCUUGCGCUCGGUCUAAACGCCAGGCCAUUGCGGACGUUGCACUGGCUGUUUUCGGAGCCAUCUGCUGCGUCUAUACGACUUCCCUGACCCUGCUAAGCUGGCUCGGACCGGAGGUUCCCCAAAGUCCAGGGUACUGCGACUCUCACUGA